UUUUUCAGAAUCAGCGUACAGAGAAAGCUACGUUCGCUCUUCUCCCCCGUCAGAACCAAAUCACAAGAGAAAACGAAUCGACCGUCGUUGUGAUUUCAAUCUCCGUGUUUGAUUAAACAGAAGAAGAAGAACCAUGCUUGGGUUAUUCAAAGUGAAAGAGAAGCAAAAAGAAGAAUCCCAAAAUAACAACAGAAGUGGAGCUUCUUCUGUCAAGAAGAAAUCUGCUGGUGAACUUCGUCUUCAUAAAGAUAUAUCAGAGCUGAACCUGCCAAAGUCUUGUAAGAUAUCUUUUCCGAACGGGAAGGAUGACUUGAUGAACUUUGAAGUUACCAUCAAACCUGAUGAAGGAUACUACACGAAUGGUAAGUUUGUGUUCACAUUCCAAGUCUCUAAUGUGUAUCCACAUGAAGCUCCCAAAGUGAAAUGCAAGACCAAGGUGUAUCAUCCCAAUAUCGAUUUAGAAGGGAACGUCUGUCUGAAUAUCUUGCGUGAAGACUGGAAACCGGUUCUCAACAUAAACACUGUUAUCUAUGGUCUCUUCCAUCUCUUCACGGAACCCAAUUACGAGGACCCUCUGAACCAUGACGCAGCUGAGGUUUUAAGGGAUAACCCAAAGACGUUUGAGAAUAAUGUCAAAAGGGCAAUGAUGGGUGGACAAGUUGGCCAAACCUCAUUUGCUCGCUGCAUGUAGUUGGACUCUUGUCCGGUGGUUUCAUAGCCAUCUUCUUCUUCUAAAGUAACUUCUGCUGUUUACUCUCUUGUACAUUGGGACCAAGUGAGUUUAGGAAUUUUCUGAUCUGCUUUAAAUAUUCAUUCCCAGAUUUAUUAUAACCAAAAAUAAUAUUAUGAAAAAAGAAAUCAAA